CCGUGUGUAAAAACACUGCCAAGCAAGAGGAAGAAUCUCUCCAGUCCUCCCUUCCCUUCCCCUCUCUCUCCGGGCGCUCCAGCUCCGGCGGCCGGACAAUGGCUCGGAGGGGCGUGUCCUACGUGUCGGCGGCGCAGCUGGUGUCCAUGUCCCGCGAUCCCCGCGUCUCCAUCGUCGACGUUAGGGAUGAGGAGAGGACCUACGACGGACACAUAGCUGGGUCCCACCACUACGCCAGCGACAGCUUCGCCGAGCGGAUGCCCGAGCUCGCCCAGGCAACCGGGGCCAAGGAAACCCUCGUCUUCCACUGCGCACUCAGCAAGGUGCGAGGCCCGUCUUGUGCACAGAUGUUCCAUGACUAUCUAUCAGAGGCCAAGGAAGAUUCAGGGAUAAAGAACAUCAUGGUCCUAGAACGUGGGUUUAAUGGAUGGGAAAUUUCAGGGAGGCCUGUUUGCCGUUGCAAGGACACCCCAUGCAAGGGUGUAUGCUCUUGAGCAUGGCAGAUCUUGCUCUGUCCGUUCCAAGAAAUUGAACGCUAUCGCAAGCUAGCAGUUUAUACUUUAUGAAUAUACUAUAGAUUGAUAAAAUGGUAUGUCUCUAUUGGGUGGAUCAACAAUGGCACUACGUGUGUCGUUCGUUCCAAUGAAUAACAGUUAUUGUUGCCUUACGGCAUGUAAACUGUAUCCGGAAUGCUUGGAAGUGUUUGGCUUCCAUCAACCUAUGGGCAUUCACAUCCUGUUUAUUGGCUGUACUUUUAUUCGCUC